UUUAAAGAUGGCCUUGUAUUGCACUCUUUUCUAACUACCAUCUGCUUUGUUGUACGAACUUUCUACAUAUACCCUGUACUGAUUGUGAUUUGGUAAACGCGUUCGACUUGACACUAGUCACUCAUCAUCUCAGCUCACUGCCCGUGGCGUUGAAGUCUUGAGGAAAAGCAGGUUGGAAGGUCUGGUUCUUGCACAGUCACUCAUUUGGUUUAACCUGCAUUAAUGAGGUGUUUCUGGUGUACUGCUACCUAACAACUGCCCAAUAGACCAACCACGCCUCUCUAUUGUGCGCUGCCCAUACUUCACGGUUAAUAGGGCUGUUUUCUUUGUGGCCAUUCGUUCUCCUGACUAAUUUCGAGUCGAAUUUCGUGAAAACUCGGCACAUCGACUUCGUUUCGAAAAUAAACACAAAUCGACGAUCGCGAAAAUUCGCAUUUCCCGCGCAAAAAUAUGCAAUUCUGUUGACCGAGGAGACUUUUCCCAAAUCUAAACCCAUUAGCCGCUUCCGGCACCGAUUCCCUGGCACUUCUGGUCAGGGAGCGUGCUCCUUUCGAGAAUGGUGAAAGUGGAUAUAAAGAGGGAUUAUUAUGCGGAGCUGGGGAUUGACAGCCGUGCGGAGCCAGAGGAAAUUAGAAAACAAUACCGAAAGCUAGCUUUCAAAUAUCAUCCCGAUCGAAAUCCAGGAAGAGAGGUCGAAUUCAAUUCCAAAUUUCAAGGGCUUCAGACUGCAUAUGAAGUUCUUAAUGAUUCCCAACUACGAUUAAAAUACGAUGCCGAUAGGCUUCGAGCUGGUUACGGCAAGCAUUACGGUUCUUCGCGCGCAACUCCCACCUCAAGAUCCCACAAUACCGGAUCUCCAUUUUCUAAUAAACCUCCCCCAAGACCCCCUACGGCCCCUCCGAAUAAGGCCAGUUACCCGUCUGCAUCGUCAUUUCCCCAUCCGCCGCACCAGUGGAACAGCUAUGCUAAGGCUGGUGUUCCAAAAUGGGAUAAGGUAUAUGAAGAUGUACGAACACGAGCUGAAGCAUACCGUGCGUUUCAAAACAUGAAACCUAGCAAUCAUCCAGCUGGUGGAUGGACGAAUUUCGACCCUCGAACAGGCCGUUCAUCGCAUGAGACAGGGCGGACCGACAAGCCACCGACUGCGAAACAACAACAAUCACAAAGGCCACAUUCCGCAUAUGAAGCUUAUUUCACAACUCAAAAACAGGCCGGCGCUGGACCCCAAAGAUCCCAAACAACUAAGAAAAGAAAUGGCUUUGCACCUGGCACGCCUGGUGGUGACGAACCUAUGGCAAAAAAUACGUCUGCCUAUGCGACCAUCUCAAAGGGUGAAAGGGCGCAAGCAUCGAACCCCUUUUUUGAACCAGCACCAUCCCCUACUGCUAAAAAGAAACCCGCAGGAGCUGGGGACUCCGGUACAUCUAUGCCUAAUCUAGAAAGAACCAGCAGUCGGUACGCUACGUCAGGCGGCGAGAAAACUUAUGUGUCGAGUGCAGGUUUUGCAUUUACGCGGAGUGCCCGCUCAACUCCUUUCGAGGACUCCGGAUCCCAACCACGAACAAAUCCACCAAGCCCAACCCCUCUGCAGGCUCGUGGAAGACGUCAUAGUGCGAGCCCUAAGCUGAGUCCCAAACGCAAUCAACCAUUCUCUUCCCCCACUUCGAGUGAUUCAGACGAAAUUCUUCCUAGCUUUCGCCCAAAAGCCAUGCCGCGCAGCAGAGUUCGUAGUACUAGGGCAAAGGUUAACAGACCUACGCAUUAUGGCAACGAGAACAUGUCUGGUGAUACGUCGGCGUGGGCGAUGCGUCCCGACUCCUGGCUGUUUGGCGAAACAAUCAAUGGCCGUCAGAAAGAGUUCACCAAAGCCAACCGUUCCAAAUUCCAUGACUGGGAGAAUCCUAAUGUUGGCGAGGGAGUGGAAUCAGACAAGGGAAGCCACAGAAAAACCGCUGGCCGCACCCCUUUAUCUUCAAAUUUUUCAAAAUCGUCAAUUCCGCUCUCGACUAAUGUCGAUAUGGAUGGUAGCCUCCAAAGCGAGAAAAUGACUCCCACAAACGGUGAACCUCGCUGCUCUUCAACACCUAAUAUGUAUGGUACCCACAAGUCUCGUGCCGUUUGA